AUGGCUUCCAUGCACAAUGACGCACAUCGGGUCGCUGCCAAGUUCGAGGCAGCGCAUAGUGAGCUCAUGAGGUCCUUGGCAGCCCAUCGCUAUUCCGAAGUGUCUCUCGAAUACAUCUGCUACCACGUUGAAUCCACGGUCUGGGACACUGUUUUCCAGGGCACGAAGCCAUUCCCUUUCCCUGAGCUUCCGAAGCGCACUGAGCCCCUUCUAAGCAAAGAAUACGAGGUCUAUUACCAGCGCAAGCUACAAGAGGAGCAGAUGAGGCAAGUGCCUGCCGCUCAGCGGAGCAUUGCUGGAAGUACUGCUGCUACUUCGUCGUCAGCGACAAGCAAGCGUCCGCUCGACAUGACGACUCCCAGCUCCCCCAUCGAAGGAGAGCCUGCCGCAAAGCGUCUCGAUACCAGUAACGAGGUCAUGCCAAUUACGGCGGCUACCAGCGUUGAGAUCGGAGCGACUCAGUCGACUUUGAGGCCUACCGGGAUGAACUCGGCUCUGAUCGACCAACUCCAGCACCUCAAACAGCGGCAAGAUAGCCUCAUUAAAGAACAGAAGGAUUACGUCGAACACCAAAAGGAGCUUUUCAGAAAGUAUAAAGGAAUUCUCAAGAAACAAGAGCAACUCAAGGCGGAUCUUGAGGUGCUCGAGGCAGAGUUUCGGAAGUCAAUUUGGGUCAGCCAAGAGGACAAAAAGAUCCACAUACAGGAUAUUCCGCGCACGUGCUUAGUUCACUCAAGAGAGUCCAGUAUUUCAAGAUACUAG